AUGGAUCAGAGACUGCGCUGUGUCCAGAGAUAUGCAUACGACCGGUCAGUAGUGAGGGCAGAACAAGACUCGUUCGUGGUGAAGCGAGAAGAGGAGGAAUAUGUGUUCGUGACAGACACCAGAGUUCCCCGUCUGGGACUGAUGAUGGCAGGAUGGGGAGGCAACAAUGGGUCAACCCUGACAGCGGCAAUCCUGGCGAACAAACACAAACUGAGUUUCCGGACGAAGGAUGGACAAGUGGAUGCGGAGUUGAGGGGGUCGUUCACUCAGUCGGGGACAUGCUACGUGGGCCAACUGGAGAACGAGGAAUGGUAUGUGGGGGUAAAAAACAUGUUGCCGAUGGUGGAGCCGGGAGACUUGGUGUUGGGAGGUAUUGAGAGUGGGGGAGUGGGAUGGGAUAUUUCGAAGGCAAACCUGGGAGAGGCGGCGGAGAGAGCAAAAGUGUUGGACUGGGAUCUGCAGGAACAGCUAAGACCGAUGAUGAGUAAAAUGGAACCCCUGAAGGCAGCAUUUGUGCCUGACUUUGUGGCGGGGAAUCAAUCAUCGAGGGCAGACAAUGUGCUUGAGGGAAAGAAAGAGCAAUUGGUGGAACAACUAAGACAGGACAUUCGCGAUUUCAAGCGUAUGAAUCAACUGGAGAAGGUUGUGGUUAUGUGGACAGCAAACACGGAACGAUUCUGUGAGGUGAAAGAAGGACUCAACGCGACAUGGGAAGAGUUGGAGGCCUCCAUCCGAGCCAAUGAAACCGAAAUCUCGUCCUCCACAUUGUACGGAGUGGCCAGUGUGCUCGAGGGGGUUGUCCCUCACUUUUACUUUAGUACAUUUGUCAACUGUUCUCCACAAAACACGUUCGUUCCCGGCCUCAUUCAGUUGGCUGAGAGUCGUGGAGUGUCCAUUGCCGGAGAUGAUCUUAAGACCGGACAGACUCGACUAAAAUCAGUCCUCGCAGACUUUCUCGUGUCCUGUGGACUUCAUCUCAAAUCAGUCGUAAGCUACAACCAUUUGGGCAACAACGACGGAUAUAACUUGAACGCCCCUCAGCAAUUCCGUUCCAAGGAGAUAUCCAAAAGUAACGUGAUCGACGACAUGGUUCACUCCAAUGACAUUCUCUACUCCACUCCAGCCGACAAACCUGACCAUCUAGUAAUGUCCUCUUCAUAUUCUUAGGUUGUCAUCAAAUACGCUCCUUUUGUCGGCGACUCUAAACGGGCCAUGGACGAGUACAUCAGUCGUCUCAUGUUGGGAGGCCUCAACACCAUCGCCGUGUACAACACGUGUGAGGACUCACUCUUGGCCGCACCAAUCAUGCUCGACAUUGUUCUCUGUGCUGAACUUCUUUCACGCAUUCACAUCGGUCAACGUCCCUUCAACUCCAUUGCCUCCGCACUCAGUUUCUUCUUCAAGGCUCCUCUCGUCCCACAAAACAGUCCACUUGUCAACGCACUUUUCCCUCAAAGGGCCUGCCUUCUCAACCUAUUCCGCGCUUGUCAUGGACUUUCGCCCAUCAACCAUAUGCAUCUCGAAUACAAACUACUUAAGUAACACUCUCUCUUGGUUUCUUUAUGGUUUUGUUUAAUAUACAAAA